CUGGCUAAAAGCCCAAUGUUAGAGCGCCUGCUUCAUUUGUGAAUACGUUAUACAAAAGACACAACUAUGCUGCUUCUCCUCUGCUUGACGUGCGUCGGUCUGUGCGCUGGACAAAGCCUUGGAAACGAAUACGGCAUGUACUUCGCCGGGUACUUCGAGCGUCAAUUUGACACUAACAACAAUAAGAUGGCCGACCUCUCCGAAUUCCAGGCAGUCUUCGACUCGUACGAUCCAAACAAGGACGACAAGGUGCCGGUGGCGGAAUGCGUGAAGGCAGCUGGAACAUUGAAAGCAGGACCGCCAGCCACGUACUUCGCCCUCAUGGACCCAAACAGCGACGGCGUUAUAUACAGAACAGAAGUGCCCGCCAUCCUCAACAGCUUCGACAUCAACGGAAACGGCAAUGUCACGGAGAUCGAGUUCAUCGAUCAUUAUAUCGAGCUUUACCUAAAGGUUGUCGCCAUGCAGACCUUCGUUGGUAAAUAGAUGUCCAUUGUAUGAAUAAAGAUAUGAGAAUAGC